AUGGAAGCGGCCAUCGGGCGGCGACUUAUGGAAGCCACAAAUCAGCUCAAUCUGGCCUUGGACGACUUCCGUGGCAGAUACAAGGAGCUCAGGCAUCUGGAAGAGUCUAUUCAGACAUUGGCAUCGAUUGUCCGUCACGGCGGACGUGAUCAGCCGUCUGUGCCCCUACCUUCCGAGAACGAGUCUGCCAUGGAUCUCGACUUUAUGAACUCCGAGCGCGCGACAACGACGCUAAGUCCAUCGACAGUUCUAGGAAGCACCAUCGCUCCUCUAGAAGAUGACCAGAGAACGAUGAUCACCCAGUCGUAUCGGUCCUGUAGAACGGAGCUUUUCGAACUCGAUGAUGAUGUUCCUCCAACAACGGGGAAUCCUCUUAUUGACGAGGCGUUGCUACGGUGCUGCAAGAACUUGUUGGGCAAUGUGGGCAACUACGGCCCAUGCCGCGUCAAUGAGAUAAAAGCCAUCACGAGCUUGAUGCGCCACGGCCGGACAAUCAGCCGAUUGAUCGAGCUCUCGCGGUCGCGAGUCUCAUUCACCCUCGACUCGCUCAAAGAGUACGAGUUCAAGUUCAGGCCUACUUUGCUCAUGCAGUGGAAAUCCUGCUGCGACAACAAGACCAAACUGGCAGUUCCUGUCAAGACGUACAAGUACGAAUUGACUGGCAACUACUCGUCGCAUGUGCGCAAGCGUCCGGCCGUCGCCGAUCAAGUUUUUCCUGAAUUAUUGAGGCGCAUUCUCGACCGGCCCGAUUUGACGCGCGAAGAGGACCUCGACAACCAAAUCAUCACUGUAUAUCAAAUCAUACACUACUUAGAAGAGCUCAAAGCAGAGGAGCAGCGCGAGUUCGGCAAGCACGUCGAAAUGCUCAGCCUCGAGUUGUUCAUUUCCGGCGAAUUGGAGUCGGGAGACGAACCCUCUGUUCUGAGAGCGAUUGGAUUGCUCCAGUCCUUGCUCGUUCGAAAACAUUCCAACAUGAAGGCGCUGGCAAUCAUGCUUCUCGACGAAAACAAGAAACUCCGCGACGCCGCGGCCGCCCACCUCCGCCACAUCGCCAACGAGCCCGGCGACGGGACCUGGCGGCCGCGCGAUUUCGCCCUCGCCAGCUACCUGGAGUUGUUGGAGGACAAGUCCAAAAAGCUCCGCCGAGCGUCGUGCAUCGCCCUCGGCUUCCUCAACGCAAAAGAAGCGCUGCGUCAACUUCAAUAUGUUUGUAUGGCCGGACAAGAGCCGGAAAUCCGCGAAGCCGCCAAGAAUGUUUUGCCACGUCGGGGUCACGAAAUAGUUCUGUUUCCCUUUUUUCUUCGGGAAUAA